UAAUUCGGCUCCGUUAUAAGGAUACCAAGCGCAAGAGUAUGCGAUGAAGAUGACUCAAAACAUGACUAUUAUCUUGCUCAUGAAAUUCGUAUAAAAGGGAAAACAACCUGACGUUGAAAUUCGGUGUUUGCAUUGCUCAGGGUAAUACAAGACUAUUAGCCUCGACUCCGUGGCCGAAAGAACCAGUUUAUUUAACAACACCAUUUUCUCUUCUUCAACUUCUAAAAAUUUAAAUCGUCCCUGGUGAUCUUAUAAGUUAGAACGCAAGUUACAAAUAACUCUUUCGAAAUGCCUUCCGUCGACUUAGAAUACCCCAAGCAACCUUAUAGCAAGGUCCACCGCUAUGAUACCCGAGCUUCCUAUGCGCUAGAGACCAUCCACCAAAUCGUCAACACUUGCCCCAUUCUCCAUGUCUCCUUCACACCCCCCGACUCCCCUUUCCCUACCAUCCUCCCUAUGAUCGGGCAAAUGGGCUCGUUCGCCCGUCCCAGCGCCGACACGGGAGACGUACUCGAGCUGUACCUCCAUGGCUACGUGUCCUCACGUAUCAUGAACCUAUCGCGCAAAGCCAGCGCCGACUCCCCUCCCUCCUUCGGAGAAGAAGGCCUACCGAUCUGCGUCGCAGCCAGCCACGUAGACGGCCUAGUCCUCUCCCUCACGCCCAACUCCCACAGCUACAACUACCGCUCCGCAACCCUCUUCGGCCACGCCACCAUCGUCACGGACCUGCCCGAAAAACUCUGGGCUAUGGAGCUUAUCACCAACUCCGUUGUUCGCGAUCGCUACCAGAAUACCCGCGUCCCGCCCAACGGCGCCGAGAUGCAAUCUACCAGCGUUCUCCGCGUGAAGAUUUCAGCGGGCAGUGCGAAGAUCCGCUCUGGGGAACCCAAGGAUGAGAAGGCGGAUUUGGAGAAUGGGGAAUUGUUGGAGAGGACUUGGACGGGGGUUAUUCCGGUGUAUCAUACGCUGGGUGAUCCCAUCCCGGCUUCGUAUAAUAGGGUGAAGGGGUUGCCGACAUAUUUGGAGGAGUAUUGGACUGGGUACAAUCGUGGUGCGAAGGAUAUCGCGGUUGAGGCUGCGGUGCCCCCGGUGGAGGUGAAGAGGCCGAAGUAUGAUGAUUGAGUGACUUGAUGGGUUAGGUGGCGAGGGAUGCUUUUUCUUCAACAGAAGAUGGUUGUUGCCUGGUGCCUAUAAGGCGUAAAGGCCCUCGAGUGCUGGAGUUCUCUUUUAGAGACAAUAAUGAUGCGGUGUCUUUCG